GCUCCUUCAUGAUGGUGAACAGCUCUGGGCGGGCAUCAGGGCAGAAGGCUCACCUGCUCUUGCCUACGCUGAAGGAAAACGACACGCACUGCAUCGACUUCCACUAUUACUUAUCCAGCAGAGACCGUUCCAGUCCUGGCUCUCUGAAUGUCUACGUGAAGGUGAACGGAGGACCACAGGGCAAUCCCAUAUGGAACGUCUCGGGUGUUGUUACAGAAGGAUGGGUGAAAGCAGAACUUGCCAUCAGUACGUUCUGGCCACAUUUUUAUCAGGUGAUAUUUGAAUCUGUCUCUUUGAAAGGACAUCCAGGGUACAUAGCUGUGGAUGAAGUCAGAGUUCUCGCCCAUCCUUGCAGAAAAGCACCUCAUUUCCUACGACUUCAGAACGUGGAGGUUAAUGUGGGACAGAACGCGACGUUCCAGUGCAUUGCUGGGGGGAAGUGGUCGCAGCACGACAAACUCUGGCUCCAGCAGUGGAAUGGAAGGGACACAGCAUUAAUGGUCACUCGAGUGGUCAACCAUAGACGUUUUUCUGCUACUGUCAGUGUAGCUGACACCUCUCAACGCAGUAUCAGCAAGUACCGAUGUGUCAUUCGUUCUGAUGGUGGAUCUGGAGUUUCGAAUUAUGCGGAAUUAAUAGUGAAAGAACCUCCAACUCCUAUCGCCCCUCCUGAGCUGCUGGCUGUCGGAGCCACGUACCUGUGGAUCAAACCCAAUGCCAACUCCAUCAUUGGAGACGGGCCCAUCAUACUGAAAGAGGUGGAAUAUCGGACGACCACUGGGAAUUGGGCGGAAACGCACAUUGUAGACUCUCCUAAUUACAAACUGUGGCAUUUGGAUCCUGAUGUGGAGUAUGAGAUCAGAGUGCUGCUCACUCGCCCUGGAGAAGGAGGUACAGGGCCCCCUGGACCACCACUCACAACAAGAACAAAAUGUGCAG